GGCAUGUUUGGCACUUUCAUAUAAUGGUCAUGGUACCCCCCCUAUCUAUAUAUGAUGGUCAUAGAUAAGGAUGGAGUAUAGUCAACAAUGACUUUUACACCAAGAAAAUUGUCAAAUUUGGGGUAUCAGUCUGAUACCCUGCUCUCUGGUUAUCCAAUUCCAAGCUUCUUUCUCUCAUUUCUCUCUCUUUGUGUGUGAACUCUCAUGGGUACACAUAUGGAAAAAAUAAAUGAGUCGUCUGGUGCAAUCGGAUGUGGUAUAAUUGGUGUAGUAUUAUUGAGCUUGAUAUGGGGAUCAUGGAGAAUAUUGAAUUGGGUAUGGUUAAGACCGAAGAAGCUAGAGAGUUGCCUCAGAAAACAAGGUCUCAAUGGAAACUCAUACAAGCUCUUCUUCGGAGACCUAAAAGAGAGCUCCGCCAUGGAUAAAGAAGCUAGCUCCACUCGCAUCAGCAUCUCCGAUGACGCAGUGCCUAGUCGUGUCUUGCCCUUCAUUCAUACCAACGUCUCCAACUACGGAAAGAAGUCUUUUACGUGGUUUGGACCAAUACCAAAUGUUAACAUCGUGGACCCUGAACUUGUAAAGGAAGUCUUGUCUAAGAAUUUCAACUAUCAAAAGACCAAGUCAAAUCCAUUUAUCAAGUUGAUAGCCAAUGGACUGACUACCCUUGAUGGUGAGCAAUGGACUAAACACAGAAAAAUCAUCAACCCGGCUUUCCAUAUGGAGAAGUUGAAGCAUAUGGUACCUGCAUUUUAUUUGUGCUGUAGCGAGAUGAUAAGCAAAUGGGAGAACAAUAUUGCCUCAACAGAAGGGUCAUGUGAGGUGGAUGUGUGGCCUUAUCUUCAAACUAUGACUAGCAAUGUGAUAUCUUGCGCAGCUUUUGGAAGCAACUAUGAAGAUGGAAGAAAGAUAUUCAAACUUCAGAAAGAACUAAUUGCACUUAUAAUCCAGACUGCCAGUACAGUUUACAUCCCAGGUGCGAGGUUUUUGCCAACUAAGAAGAAUAGGAGGAUGAAAGAAAUUGAUAAAGAAAUACACGCUACACUGAGGGUUAUCAUCAAUAAGAGAAUGAAAGCAAUGAAGGAAGGAGAAACUAGUAAAGAUGACUUACUGGGUAUAUUACUAGAAUCCAAUCUCAGAGAAAUUGAACAGCAUGGAAAUAACAGGAAAGAUGGAAUGACUAUUGAAGAAGUUAUUGAAGAAUGCAAGCUAUUCUACAUUGCUGGGCAGGAGACCACGUCGAUUUUGCUUGUGUGGACUAUGAUUUUAUUAAGUAGGCAUCAACAUUGGCAACAACGUGCAAGGGAAGAGGUAUUGCAAGUAUUUGGGAAUGACAAACACAAAUUUGAUGGCUUAAAUCGCCUCAAAAUUGUGACUAUGAUUUUGUAUGAAGUUUUACGGCUAUACCCACCAAUAGUUUGGUUGCAUCGAGUGGUCCAUGAAGAUAUGAAAUUAGGAGGAAUGACCCUCCCGAAGGGAGUGAUAGUUUCUUUAUAGGUAAUGCUGCUACAUUAUGACCGUGAAAUUUGGGGUGACGAUGUAAAAGAGUUCAAGCCAGAGAGGUUUUCAGAAGGAGUGUUGAAGGCAACAAAGAACAACCAAGCUUCAUUUUUCCCAUUUAGUUCGGGACCUCGGGUAUGUAUUGGACAAAACUUCGCAAUGUUAGAAGCCAAGAUGGCCAUAGCUACGAUUCUACAACAAUUCUCUUUUGAGAUUUCACCGUCCUAUACUCAUGCUCCGUUCAAAAUGGGAACUCUUCAGCCUCAAUAUGGUGCUUACUUGAUUCUACACAAACUUUAAAGCCGAGUCUUUGCACAGGAUUGAGAUGGAUUUCCUCUAUAGCUUUGAGGGAAAUGCUCUGGUAUUAUUUUAUCAGUCCUUUCAUUAAUGUUUGACUUCAUAUACUUUCUACUAUCUUGAAAUUACAUCAAUGAACUUCCUAUUUGAGUCACAUCUAUCUUCUUUUACAUAGUGUAUGUUUUGUUGGAAUGAAAUUGUUUCUUGUUGGUUUGAAA